AUAUUCAUCCUCUUUUCUUCUCCAAACUUCAAACUCCAAGCCCUACUCCUUCUUCCUGUCUAUAUCGUGAGAAAUUGGCGGGCUAUGCUAAAUGUAAGUUCCUUGUUCGCAAUUUAAUGGCAAAGCCAAACCGUCCCUUUGUCAAGGGUACUCCUUCUGAAUUUGAAAAAAAUUCCUCAAUUGCACGAGAAACCAAACUGGAUUGCAAGCAAUUAUUGCGUGAAUAA